AUGGCGGGAAGACGCAGAAGCCAUAGAAGACAUGGAGGUGGUCUAGCAAAGGGACCUUUAAACAAGAAGAUGAAAUUAGAAGCAAGAGAAAGCAAGGAUAAGUCUGAAGCCACUAAGGAAAAAUCAGGGCAAGAUCUCAAAAAAGAUAAGGAAGAAAGCGCUGUUCAAGAUGAAGUAGCAUUAGAAGAAGAACCAAAAGAAGAUAACAAUGGGAAUACAAAUAGCGAUGCUGAAACAACGGCUAUAAAAGAAGAUACAGAUGUUAAGUAUAAAGAUCUGGAGUCAUCAUUUGAGGAAGAGGUUGAAGAAGAAGAAAGGAAGGAAAAUAUUGGUGAGAAGGAUGAGAGAAAGGAAGAAGAUAAAAAGUCAGAUGACGAUAGAUUGGAAAUGAAUAUUGAUUCUACAAAAGAUGUUGAUAAAGAAGAAACAAUAGAGAAUAAGCAAGAAACAGAGACUCCAGUACAAGAAAAUGAAAGAACUAAAAAUAAUGAAGAUGAAUCUGAUUCUGAUAGUAAAAACACUAAUGAGAACAAUGCCAAUAAAUCCGAAGUAGAAGAAUCCGGAAGUAUAUCUGAAAGCAUAGAAAUUGAAGAAAAAGGCAUAACUACAUUUACAUUUGAUGGAGUAGAGUAUAAGUUUAAAGAGAGACCUAGUGUCAUUGAAGAAAAAGAAGGUAAAAUUGAAUUCAGAGUUGUUAACAAUGAUAAUACAAAGGAAAAUAUGAUGGUUCUAACUGGUUUAAAAAAUAUUUUCCAAAAACAAUUACCAAAAAUGCCAAAAGAAUAUAUUGCAAGAUUAGUGUACGAUCGAAGUCAUUUGUCAAUGGCAGUGGUUAGGAAACCGUUAACUGUUGUUGGUGGUAUCACCUAUCGUCCAUUUGAUAGUCGAGGUUUUGCUGAAAUUGUUUUCUGUGCUAUUAGUUCAACAGAACAAGUCAGAGGUUAUGGUGCUCAUCUAAUGAAUCAUUUGAAGGAUUAUGUACGAAACACUUCGCCUAUAAAGUACUUUCUAACUUAUGCUGAUAAUUAUGCCAUUGGUUAUUUCAAGAAGCAGGGUUUUACCAAAGAGAUUACUUUAGAAAAACAAGUUUGGAUGGGGUAUAUAAAAGAUUAUGAAGGAGGUACACUAAUGCAAUGUUCAAUGCUACCACGUAUACGAUACUUAGAUGCUCCCAAAAUUUUGCUACUACAAGAAGCAGCACUAAUUAGGAAAAUAAGGUCAAUAUCAAAAUCGCAUAUCGUAAGACCAGGUUUAGAUCAAUUUAGAGAUCUUGACAACAUAAAGCCAAUAGAUCCUAUGUCGAUCCCUGGUUUGAAAGAAGCAGGAUGGACACCAGAAAUGGAUGAAUUGGCACAAAGGCCCAAGAGAGGUCCUCAUUAUGCAGCAAUGCAAAAUAUAUUGACAGAAUUACAAAACCACGCUGCUGCAUGGCCAUUUUUACAGCCUGUUAAUAAAGAAGAAGUUCCAGACUAUUAUGAAUUCAUUAAGGAGCCUAUGGACUUAAGUACUAUGGAGGUCAAAUUAGAAAGCAACAGAUACGACAAGAUGGAAGACUUUAUUUAUGAUGCGAGGUUAAUUUUCAAUAAUUGUCGUAAAUAUAAUGGUGAAAACACUUCCUAUUAUAAAUACGCUAAUAGACUAGAGAAAUUUUUUAAUUCAAAAAUAAAGGAAGUGCCUGAGUACUCACAUCUUGUAGAAUAA